ACACCACAAGUGUCGUCAGUUAGUCAUCUUCCUAAUAUCUGAGGAUAAUCAAAAAAAAAAAAAAAAUGUGUACUCUUUAGUUCAGGUAAGCUGUGAAAUUACUAAAAAAAAAUCUCGCAUCUCAAUCAUCUUUUUUCCUUUGUCUGUCUUAACCUCUUAUCUUCCUAGAGAAAGAGGACCAUUUCUCAGUAUCAAUCCAGAAUACUGCACGCAAAGAAACGGUCCCCGAUUCGCAGAAAAUCCAAACAAUUUCGUUCUUUUUUCUCUUAUUUAUCCAAUACAAGAAAGUUAAAAGAAAGAUGCUAUUUUCAAGUCGUUUUCUAGCUGGAAUCUCCACAACAUUACUGUAACUAAACCAAGCAACAAAACCCAGCAAAAUUCCCAGACCCACCAACUGUUCUACGAAAUUCCCAAAUGACUUCUUCUUCUUUUACAACCAUGUCUUCCGUUACAAUUACACAUCGCCGACUCCUCGACGCUGAAUUCGCCGUUCCACCGCAAACCCACGGAAACAGAACGCGUGACUUGUACAUCGGCGAGUCGAACUUCGACACGAACAUGGUGAUCAUUCUGGCCGCUUUGCUCUGCGCGCUGAUAUGCGCGCUGGGGCUGAACUCCAUUCUCCGCUGCGCGCUGCGCUGCAGCCGGAGAUUCGCGUCGGAGACGCCGCAGCAGGCCGCGGCGAGGCUCGCAGCCACGGGGCUGAAGAAGAGCCAUCUGCGGCAGAUUCCCGUGGCGGUCUACGGCUCAGGAGCGGGCAUUCCGGCGACCGAGUGCCCGAUCUGCCUUGGCGAGUUUGUCGACGGAGAGAAGGUGAGGGUGCUGCCGAAAUGCAAUCAUGGAUUCCACGUUAGGUGCAUAGAUACUUGGCUUCUGUCACACUCGUCGUGCCCGAAUUGCCGGAUUUGCCUGCUUGAACAGCAGCAGCAACAAACUACGGUCGUCUCGGAGCCGAAUCGAGACGAAGAAGUUGAAGGAGAACGGACGCCGGAGAAUGAGUCCCGCCGGGAAUAUAGCGUGGUCGUAACGGUACACGAGGCAGAGCGAUCACCGGAAAAUGAGCCCCGCCGGGAAGAUAGCGUGGUCGUGACGGUACACGAGGCAAGUUGAUCAUCACCGCUGAUUUUUAACCGAUUCUAACUCGGCGAGAG